AAUCUCUGGAACAUAUCAUAGCACUGUACUGAAAAACAUUGGCUUGAUGCAAAGGGUCUCAGCUUAGUUACUUUCUAAUUGUCUAAUAUUUAAGUUAUCUAAUAUGUUUUAAGUUUCUUUGACAGAUAAUACCACUACUUCAUAAAACUUCCUUAGAUGUUUAAGUGUAAUUUUUAAUUAAAAUUUUAACAUGAGCACUUAUCAUGUGGUAAAUUCUCACACUGAAUUAACAGUAUUAGUUAUUUAGUCAAUCAUUCUUUUUAGAAGGGUCGCAGAUUCUUUAUAUAUACCGGUCAUUUAUGAACAUUUCAUUAUGUAAAUGUCCCUCUCUAGGAAUAAUGACCUAUGGACAUAUAAUGAUAGUAGAUGCAUAAUAAAUAAUUAGUAAGUAAGUAGUUUUUCAUCAUGAAAAGUGAUGGUUAUUAGAUUCUCAGGGAACUAUAUAGUCACAUGGGUUGCAGAUAAUUUGAAAAGCAUUGAGACCAAUGACAUCACAAGCAAAAGCUUGAAUGCCUUAAAGGAAAGCAAAAUAAACAAAAAGAUAGCUUUGAGCCUAUUCUACCAGGCACACAAUCUAGGACGAGCAUACCUUUCUGAUGAUAUCAUUACUAUUAUUUCAUAAUUGCAUAAUGAAUAAAGUUGACAAACUAAUUGCUCCCUCAGAGCUAUCACUGAACUCUAUGUAGGGCUUAAAGAGAUCUGAAAUAAAAGAACUCCUAAGAGAAAUCCAUAGAGAGUGAGUACGUGCAGGUCUCCUCUGUACAAGCCCUACACGACUCAGUUCUAGGAAGAGCUCCUCUGGAUGGGACACACUAUGUCUGCUCAGAAACAAUCAAUGUGAAGUCCGGUUCCUUUGGAAAACAUGGUCAUGUUCCCUGAAGGAUGGUGUGAGUAUUCCAAGUUUUGCCUGGGCCUCUCUGUUAGCCUCUGCCCCAGAGUAUUUCAAAAAUGCUGACCCAAGGUUUUGAAACAAUAUGCAUGCACUAAAUGAAGUAAGUGUGUGUGUAUUGUUAUUACUGUUUGAUUAAUGAGUGGAAGAGAUUUCUGUGUAUUCUAGGUGCCAUAUGGUGCUCUUCAGUUGCGUAACCUGACUUGCUAGUAAAGUUCUUUGCCUUUCUUCUACAUGGGUAAUUAUAGUUCUUGCUUCCUCACAGUCCCAUGAAUUUGAUGCUUUCCUUACUGCUACUAUUUCUUUUGAUUAAUAUUUCAGAGUUGCCAUAAGUCCCAGAAUAAUCAGCAGCAUCACUUCAUAGUUGGGGAUCAUAGACUGUGAAAGUCUAGUCUAUUCAAAAAUAUUAUUUAAGAAAACAUUCAUUUGGCAUUAAUUGCAGAAAAUCAAUAUUAAAGGAAGGUGCUUAAAGAACUACAUUGUAGAUAUAUAAAAUAAAGAAAACAUUAAACCUGCGAUUAUAAUGUAAAUUGAAAUCAUAUUAUUGCAAAAAUCAGGAUUCUUACUAAGCGUUCUAAUUUUUACACAUUUUUGUCUUAUUUUUCAGAAGGAAAUGAACAGUGGAGCUUGUCAUUUAAAGACAUCAUGGCAGUUCAAACAUAAAUGCACUCAAAGAGAAUAAAAUUAUGGUAAAAAAAUAAACUACCAGCUUGAGAAUGUUUUCAGUGUGUUCCUGAUCUUGUCAUAGAGGACAACCACCUAUAUUUGCAAAACAUUCCUUCCAGGAGCUGGAGAGACUGGGCCUCUAAAAUAGGCUUUUCUUACAACCUGAUACAGUUAUAGAGAUUUUUCUCUUCCAGACAUAUGAGCAGGUUGGUGCUUGUUAAAAAAUAGCCAAAGUAUUUGUCAGCAUAAAGCUUGACAAUUUGAUGUUGAGUUCCUACUUUGUGUCUUGGGUUCCUUUUAAGGACUGAUUUUCUCACAGCUAUGAGGAAUAUCUCCAUGGUGGCAGAGUUUAUCCUGCUGGGCAUCCCACACACAGAGGGUCUGGAGACCAUGCUGUUUGUCCUGUUUUUGUCCUUCUACAUCUUCACCCUUCUGGGGAACUUGCUCAUCCUACUAGCAAUUGUUUCCUCCACUCGGCUUCACACUCCUAUGUACUUCUUCCUGUGCAAGUUGUCCGUUUUUGAUAUAUUUUUCCCUUCUGUGAGUUCCCCCAAGAUGUUGUUCUACCUCUCAGGGAACAGCCGCACCAUCUCCUAUGCAGGCUGUGUGUCCCAGCUCUUCUUCUACCAUUUCCUGGGCUGCACUGAGUGUUUCCUGUACACAGUGAUGGCCUACGACCGCUUUGUCGCCAUAUGUUACCCUCUGCGAUACACGAUCAUCAUGAGUCACAGAGUGUGUGCCAUCCUGGCCACUGGGACCUCAUUGUUUGGCUGUGUUCAGGCCACCUUUCUAACCACUCUCACCUUCCAAUUGCCCUACUGUGGCCCCAAUGAUGUGGACUAUUACUUCUGUGAUAUCCCAGUGAUGCUGAAGCUGGCUUGUGCAGAUACCUCAUCCCUGGAGAUGGUGGGGUUCAUCAGCGUGGGCCUCAUGCCCCUCAGCUGCUUCCUUCUCAUCCUCACCUCCUACAGUCGCAUUGUCUUCUCCAUCCUGAAGAUCCGCUCUGCAGAGGGCCGACGCCGUGCCUUCUCUACCUGCAGUGCCCACCUCACGGCUAUCCUGCUUUUCUACAUGCCAGUGGUCCUCAUCUACCUAAGGCCAACACCAAGCCCCUCACUGGAUGCAACUGUUCAGGUUCUGAAUAACCUGGUGACCCCCAUGCUGAACCCCUUGAUCUACAGCCUUAGGAAUAAGGAGGUGAAAUCAUCACUAAGGCAGGUCCUGCAUCAGCUGGGCUUCCUUCCUGAGAAGUUGUAA